CGGGUUUUGGUUGCGUAGUACGUAAGCACCGAGAGUUUGCCUCUUACACAAGUGUGCUUACUCCGCCAUCAUAAAGUUAACAAAAACAAACUAUUGGGAUAAUAUGACUUGUGAAAAGUGAUAGGUAUUUAUAUGCCUUUAUGUUUACCAUCAAAUGCUGGGAUAUACAUCCUAUAGGGACUGGUCGCCAGGGGGCGCCACAGCCCAGCAGCAGUUGUCCGUCGUGACAACCGUGUGGGGAGUCACCACAUCGACCCAGUCGGGCCCCCAUAACGGAUAUUCGGGAGGCCCGGCAUCUGCGAGCAAUCAGCAAGGCUACGGAAGUACCCUUAAACAAGGACAGCCCAAUAAUUAUCAGAUAGGUUACAGGCAUUCUGUGUCAGGUGUGGGCAGUUAUGGAGCAAGUAAUGGGAUGAAUGGUGGUGAAGGGGGUUACGGUGGUAGUAAUGCACUGUCCACAGCUGCGAUGGUAGCGGCUGCAACUGCAACUGCCACAGCCACCGCAAGUGUGGUGGCUCUGCAAGACAACAGUCACUUUAAUAACCAGCAGUAUUCUCAUGGCUAUCAGCAAAGAAUGUUUCCCAUGAACGGUAUGAAUGGAAUGAACGGUAUGAACCCUAUGAAUAACUUGUCUAACAUGAACAUGGGGGGCAUGCACAAUAAUGUAAUGGGAAACAUGGGAGGCAAUAUGGGACCUAAAAUGGGUAUGCAAGGACCUGGACCUACCAAUAACUCCAUGUACCCAAGGAGGAUGAACCCAUACCCAUCACCAGCAAUGCACAUGACUCAAAAGCGCGGACAACAACAAUCUUACCCAAGUAACGGACCAUGCCAUACCAUGAAUACGAAUAUAAACCAAGGAAUGAACCCAAACAUAAACCCCAAUAUGAAUCCAAAUUUUAAUCCAAAUACACAAUAUCCAAACUAUGGAACGAGGCAGCCAAAUUUUAAUCAAUACCCAAGUCAACAAACCUUAGGCCCUACAAAUAAUUCUGGGCCUAUUUGCGGAAGAGGUAUGAGACAAUCUACUCCUCCAUAUACAAACCAAGGACAGUAUUUCCCUAGUGGUUCCACGAACCAAUUUCCUUCAAAUAAUUCUGGUCAGUAUAAUAUGAAUAGUUCCGGUUCAAUGUAUAGCAACAAUAGUCAGUUUCAACAAGACGUUGCAAUGAGGAGUAGCAUGAACUACCAACAUAGUCCCAUUCCUGGUAACCCAACACCUCCAUUGACGCCUGCGAGCAGCAUGCCUCCAUAUAUAAGCCCUAAUCCUGAUGUUAAACCAAAUUUUAAUGAACUGAAACCUCCAAUACUCACACAAAAAGAUGAUGAAUUACGCCUUACUUUCCCAGUGAGAGACGGAAUUAUAUUACCACCCUUUCGAUUAGAGCAUAACUUAGCGGUUAGCAACCAUGUUUUCCAACUCAAACCAACAGUACACCAAACGCUGAUGUGGAGAUCAGAUUUAGAGUUACAGUUAAAGUGCUUCCACCACGAAGAUCGACAAAUGAACACCAAUUGGCCUGCUUCAGUACAAGUUUCAGUAAAUGCAACACCACUUAUUAUAGAUCGGGGAGAAAAUAAGACAUCACACAAGCCGCUAUACCUUAAAGACGUUUGUCAACCAGGUAGAAAUACCAUACAAAUUACGGUAGCAGCUUGCUGCUGUUCGCAUCUGUUUGUUCUUCAAUUGGUUCAUAGACCGAGCGUGCGAUCCGUGUUACAAGGUCUACUUCGAAAACGGUUACUAACUGCCGAUCACUGUAUAGCUAAGAUUAAAAGAAACUUUAAUAAUACCGGACCAAAUAUGGAACGGGAUAGGGACGCAGUGGAACAGACAGCGCUAAAAGUCUCUCUAAAGUGUCCCAUUACUUUUAAGCGAAUAACCUUACCAGCGCGAGGUCAUGAAUGUAAACAUAUACAGUGCUUCGAUUUGGAGUCGUAUUUGCAAUUGAAUUGUGAACGUGGGUCGUGGAGGUGUCCUGUUUGCAAUAAGCCAGCGCAAUUGGAAGGCCUAGAAGUUGACCAGUACAUGUGGGGCAUUUUAAAUACGCUAAAUACAUCUGAUGUCGAAGAGGUCACAAUUGAUAGCUCAGCGAAUUGGAAGUCUGCUAAAGUAAUACCUGGAAUUAAGAUGGAAAAUGAAGAGAAUGACUCCUGUGGAGCCAAACGGUUAAGCAAGGCAAUGUCACCCGGUAGUAUGACUCUCCCUACGAUGAACAACUGGGAUAUGUCACAGGCGAUGUCACCCUACUUACCUCCAGAUAUGAACAGUAUUGCAAGCGGAUCCAUGAUGAAUGGCCCGCCUUCCUAUAAUAACUCUAGAAAUAAUAUGUACGACAUGACGUCGAACUCUACAAAUAAUGAAUAUCUCACUGGAAACGGUCCGUUGUCCCAUCUCAGCGAGUCUGUGAACUCAUUGGAUCCAUUAAAUGCUAUGGAAAAGAGUUUAAAUGAACAAAUGCCUCACACACCACAUACCCCUCAUACUCCUCACACGCCUCAUACUCCUGGAGGUACGCCAGGUUCAGCGCACACCCCUGGUGGUGGGACAGGGCCACCAAGUGUUCCUCCUGCAAAUGACAACCACAAUACUAGCAACUCAUCAAACAGUAGCAACACAAACACCAAUAGCAACAAUGGAAAUACGGAAAAUUCUAUUCCUGCAAUUCCCUCAGAUCUCAAUUUUGAUCCUGCUGCUGUUAUUGAUGGGGAAGGUACCGGUCAAGAGGCUCUUAAUCUUCUUCCAGACAGUGUCGACCCAAUGGAAUUGCUCUCUUAUUUGGAUCCACCGGAUUUGAAUACACCGCCUUCAAGCGGCAGCAGCUCUGGUCCGAAUAACACAUCAGCCAACGACGACAUAUUAGCUCUGUUCGAAUAAAUCGAGUUCCUGUGCUCACUUCCACGUACGUGGUUGUCAAGUGAGUGAACCAGUGUGAUACAAACAAUAUUUAACUUGUUAAUUAUUCAAGUAUAAGGUCUAAAUCAAACUAUUUUCUCUGUACUAUUUGUACAUAACUACUUAAAAUUAUGACUUAUCCUAUUUCAUUGGUUCGACGUGUAAAGCUUUAGAAGAUAUUUAUAUAUUAAUUUACAAAUUCCUUUAAACCACUCUGAAAACAGGUAUUAUUAAAAGGCUGUUAUUUUUUUAAAUUAUUAAAAUUUAAUGUAAUUGAUAACUAAAGGUUCAAUGAGAUAGGGAAAAUAUAAGUCGGCCAGUUUAGCAUAAUUUAACUACAUGAAUAUAAUAAAUAAGUAGAGAAUUUGGAACCAAACAAUCUUAGAACGACCGCUGUGCCGGUCUUUUUGCAUCUUAAUGUGCAUAGGCUUUGAAGUAUUAUCUGCUGUAUUCAAUUCUGUGAAC